AUGGCGAUACUAGACUUAGACUUAAGGAAUGGAGACGAAGGUUUACUAUACGAAGUAGAUGAUCACGGCGGGCAGGAGCUUGUCAGGUCAGUGGAAUCAUCUCACCGAGUGUUUGUACGUUAUACAAAUGUCACUUCACGACCUGUGAAUAUCUGGUGGAGGGAUUUUUCCGGACGUCGGUGUUUCUACGCCUGUCUGAAGCCUACAGAGUUUUGCGAUAUUAAUACUUACGCUACUCACCCUUGGGAGUUCACGGACGUGGCCACAGGCGAGCGCUACAAUAUCGGCGCGCAAGCCAUCUUUAGAGCUCCAAUAAGUCGUCAUGAUGAGCGCUUCAGAACUAAUUGGAAUAUAAGUGUGAGUCUCCGCUCACUCCGAGACACUGCCCUGUUGCAAGUAGCGCUGUCGGUGUCUAACCUGCAGCAGGUAGACUCAUUAGACCUCCCGAGAGCACUUUCCGAGGAUGUGAAGCAACUCAUUCAAAUUAUUCAAGCACCGAAGCAGACGCAUCGCCAGGAACCAUGA